CAUCGCUUUGGCUUCACCCUCAGUAAAAGAAGCGGCUUGCCAGUACUUUUAAAAGUGCAAAAGAGGGGAAAAUAAGUUUCAUUACAUUACAAUAUAAGUAACUCGAGCAAUGCUUUAUUUUUCACUCACAGUUGUACAAUGAUGGCACUUAUUACCACGUAGAAAAUAUUCGACGAAAUUUGAAGGAGAAGUAUAUCAAAUAAGUCAACUGAAGGUAAAAGUGGGUGUUUGGAUCAACAGGGGGACCCUGGCAUUAGAUGUUUUGGGAGACACUCUUUCUAUUGGUUGUCGAGCCAAAGUCACCAUGGGGGUUUCUGGGCGUGGUGAGGGUGAGGGGGCUUCCUCCCAGUCCCUUCCAGCUUCAUACCAAGUUUGCCCACAGAAAGGUAAAGAUGGACCCGAAAGGAUAGCACUGGGAUAAACAUGGAGGAGUUUAUUUCAUCGCAACAUGGACAUCCUAUUAUCUUCUUACCUAUAACCCAUUAAAGGGUCUUUUUCUGAUUGGGGUUUGAAUUUUAUUUAAAAGACAAACUAGGAGGAUUCUGCUCUGUGCGACCACCUGGGGUUGAAGGGAGAGACAGAAGGAGCCAUGGUGGAGUCGAGUAGACGAAAGGCUAGAUCCACUUCAUGAAGAGGUCUGUGACGGUCCUGGAUUUUGUUCCGACAGUCCUGGACUAGGAGAGUGGAGCCAGAAGAUCACAUCAACAGGGCCAACAGUAACAACAUGCUCCUGGCCUCCGCCGUGGUGGUUUGGGAAUGGCUGAACGAACACGGCCGGUGGCGGCCCUACAGCCCCGCCGUCUCCCAUCAGAUAGAGGCGGCCAUUCGGAGCGGCGACCCCCGCGGAGGGAGCGUGGUCCUCGGCCAGGUGGACAGCCGGCUCUCGCCGUACAUCAUAGAUCUCCAGUCCAUGCACCAGUUCAGACAGGAUACAGGAACCAUCCGUCCAGUGCGGAGGAGUUUUUAUGACCCAGCCUCGGCCCCGGGGCAGGGUUGGCAGUGGGAGUGGGAAAACGAUGCGGGUUCAUGGACGCCCUAUGACAUGGAGGUGGCCAUUGCCAUCGAGAGCGCCCACAGCCGCCAGCAGCCCUGCCUCGACCUCACACCGCUCGGCUUCUGCUACCUCAUUGAUUAUCAGAACAUGACACAGGUGAACAAACAGAGCCAGAGGUGUCGGAGGAUCCAGAGGCGUGCUGACAUGGCACACCCUCUAGUGUCGGGGCCUCUCCCCUUUCAGAAGGGAGGAGGAGGUGUAGGAGGAGGGGGAGGGCUAACAGGAGCCCUGCUGGGUGUUGGGGUAUCAGGGGCCAGCAUGGGUAUUGGAAGCUCUGUUUACCCCAAUGGGGGCUCAACAGCUACUGGACUGGGCCAGCCUUGUUCCUGCCAGCAAUGCAUGCUGGUCCUUAGUGUGAAAACAAAUACAGGAGGAGCAGGGGGAGGGAUACAGACUUUAGGUAGACGUUCACUAACCAUGCAGCGACCCAAGAACUCAGCACCCAUGGUCCCCAAACCCCUGAGUCCAUCUAAAUCAGCCACUCUGGGACGAGGACAGCAGCAGAACUCCAACUCCAACUCCAACUACUACCAGACGCUGCCGCACGGCCUGGCCAUCUCCAGAAACACCGCCUCCCCGAGAAGGAACGCCCAGCUCUUCGCUCAGUCGCUGGCCGCCCUCACCGCAGGCACCUCCUCUCUGGGUAUCUCCUCGUCUUCCAACAGGCCGCCUCCCCCAUCCCUCCCGCCCCCUCAGCCCCCAUCAUCCAACCCGAACCUGAACCCUCCGUCCCUUCCGGCUAAGCACUCCUCCUCAUCCUCAGCCAACGAAUCAGUGCCAACCGCCACAUUAAUUACCCCUGCCAGCAACGUGACCACGCCCCCUUCUCCCGUGCCAUCUCCAUCGCCGUUGGUGAUGAAGCCGCAGCGCACGCCAUCGACAGCGGCGACAGUGUGCCAUGCCCCGUUGCCACAGAGAUCAAGCUUAGCCGGGCUGAGCAGACCAGCACUACAGAGGAUUGCCAUGGCCCAGUCCAGAGCACUCAUAGCCUCAGGUGUGCCCACCGUCCCUGUAAAGAACCUCAAUGGAUCCAGUCCUGUUCACCCUGCACUGGCUGGGAUCACAGGCAUCCUGAUGAGUGCUGCUGCUCUGCCCGUCUGUCUUACCAGGCCUCCUAAACUUGUACUGCACCCUCCACCUGUCAGCAAGAGCGACAUCAAACCUGUGCCAGGCUUUGGCCACUGCUGCAGAAAGACCACCAAGAAGCAGGCUCGCAAGGGUAAAACUCCAGAGGAGGUGGUAAAGAAGUACCUGCAGAAAGUAAAAAGUCCACCAGAGGAGGACUGUACCAUCUGUAUGGAGCCACUGGCGGGUCCAUCCGGAUAUAAGGGCCCAGGGGUGGGACCUGUUUCAAGAGCAGAGUCAGUGGGGCGACUAGCACAGUGUGGACACCAGUACCAUUUCCAGUGUCUGGUGGCCAUGUAUAAUAAUGGCAACAAGGAUGGCAGUCUUCAGUGUCCCACCUGUAAAACCAUCUACGGCGUAAAGACAGGCAACCAACCGGCAGGGAAGAUGGAGUACCACGUCAUCCCUCACUCUCUACCAGGGCAUCCUGACUACAAAACCAUACGCAUCAUCUACAACAUACCACCAGGCAUUCAGGGACCAGAGCAUCCGAACCCAGGAAAGCCCUUCACUGCCAGAGGCUUUCCACGACACUGCUACCUCCCAGACAGCGAGAAAGGACGCAAGGUACUUAGACUGCUCCUGGUAGCGUGGGACCGCAGGUUGAUCUUCUCAGUUGGUACUUCGAGCACUACAGGAGAGUCUGACACCGUCAUCUGGAACGAGGUCCACCAUAAGACAGAGUUUGGCUCCAACCUGACCGGCCACGGCUUCCCCGACCCCGGACACCUCGACAACGUCCUGGAAGAGCUCCGAGCUCAGGGCAUCACAGAGGACGACGGACUGACAGACAAGUGAAAGGAUGAGCAACCGGGGCAGCAGAGGAAGAGGAGACGUCGGUGUGAGACAGUAAUCGUGAGGGUGGAAGAGAGAAAGAGGAGUAGAAGAAGAGAAGUGGGCCUCACCAUGAAAAUAACAGAAGCAGGAGGAGGAGGGCGCUUGGACUGAGACAGUCUCUCUCUGCCAGCACUUAAAAGGGGUGCAGGGUGACGUUUUAGGUUAUAGAAGACAUUGAUUUUGAUUUGCAGGAGUAACCACUUCUUAAGAUGUUGAUGGAGUCACUGCUGGGUUUGCCUGUCAGUGCUGACAGUCUGACAAGACGGUUUUGAAGCAAGCACAUCAACAGAAGUGGGAGAUAGUUUGAGGAAGCAGCAGCUCAGAAAUAAAAGCCAGACAGAGGAGGACAAAACUAAGAAACCAGCAGCAAGAAUGAUGGCACUCAUGGUUUUAGCUACUAAACAGCUAGGUACUAAAAGUCAACACGGGAGAAUGAAUCGGUACUAAUAUUCAGGACAAAAACAAGUUUACUUUACUGAGAGAAAGAGUAACCAGGAGAAGAUGGUAAAAUGUUAGCAUAGUUCAAUAAAAACUGGGAGAGAACGGACAAAGAGAGACAGAAGUUGGAGAGGUGGGGGAGGGGAUGGGAGGAAGGACAGAGGGAAUAAUGUAGCAGAAAGAGAGAAAGAUGGUCUACGAACGUAGUGUAGGAUAGGAGUAGAGUAAAACUAACUUGUAUGGUACGUAACAGGUGCUUUAGCUAUCACCACAAACACAACAAAACCAAGAGUGAUGAAGAGAAAGAGAAAGACAUAUUGUGUGCUUGCUUUGUUCAAAACCACCUGCUUCUUCUCAGUUCAAGUUUAGUGCUGUUGCUCCCUCUCCUGGUUUGUCUGAUGAACUACACCUCAGCCUGCAAGCUACUGGAACAAAUCAAAAUGUUACUACGAGUUAUCCACCUGUGUUACUUUUUAUCAUUGUUACUAUAAUCCUCAUUUAACGUCAUUCCAUAAUUUACCUCUUACUUUUUUACUUUUGUUAUUAUCUAGGCUCUGUGCGUUUAUGAUUGUAUGUGAAAUGACAAAAGACCAAACUAAGGCCUAGUCAUGCGGGCCUCUUUGGAGUCUUAUUGUUGAGCCGCUGUGGUACAAUUUAGUCUUAGAUACACAGGUACCAGAAUUUACUUACAUAUCUUAAUUUGAAUUGUUUGUCCCUUUUGACAGUUCACCUGGUUUCAUUGGAUGUAGAUGCGGUUGUAUCCUGUCAAGAGUGGAGCACCAGUGAAAGAAAGUGGGGGUGUGAAUAAAAAGCUGCUUACUUUCAUAAAGAAGCAUUUUGGGGUUUGGCAGGAAGCGCAGAGGUUUUAUUUUUCAAGAAUUUUUAAAAAUUCUUGUUGAAUGAGCCUGACUACAGGUGCUUAGAGCCGAGAGAAAUGAAACAAAAGUCGGGGGCUCGUCCCCCAGAAAGCCCCACAGAUUGAGCAGAACGUUGGAGGGAUGGGGAGGAUGGAGAGGAUAAGAGGGAGAGCUGGUCUGCACGAACACAAAAUACUACUGAGGAGGGAAAAAAAGACAAAUAAAUUUGACUUGAGCCAUCUGUCAGGUGGACACAAUUAUUUUCACAAACAAUUCAUCCUGGUUCCAUUAUAACAGGACAAUAUGAUGAUAAGACUUAAGUCUGUGGUUGUAAGUGAUGAGUGGGAGUUUAUCAGAUUACCACCCACAGACAUGCAGCCCUGCCACUGGUUCAAAUCUGUUGAAACCCAUGACUGAACAGUUUUACGUGCAUAUAAACUCCCCUCUGAUGUAGCACGUAAACUGAGGUCAUGAAAGAUAUUUAAUAAUGCCUCAACUUUUUCUUGUUUACUUGAGGUGAUAUAUCUCAUGACGUUUUCUUAGCCAGUUUCAGACUAUCUAUAGGAAACACAUCAAAAACUGUAGUUUCUCCUGAUUAGCUGCCAUCGCUGAAGAGUUUCCUGUAAUCCGUCCAAUCAGGCCAGUUUGCAGCAUCAGAACAGAAAGUCUCCGCUCAGUCGAUUUACCUCAUUUGAAUCAGAUUAGCUGCUGUUGUCAGCAAAUCAGAGCCCGGUACUGUGAGUUCAUGAGGAUGUUAGUGUGAUCGUAAAAACAUAAUUGUUACAGGUUCAGAAUGUGGGACCUUUAAUCUGUGACUAUCAUCGGCCGGAGUAGGAGAUCAGCACCAACAUGCAUAUCUCAACAACAGUGAUAACAGCUCUCCUCUUCUUAUCUCUACCUCCACCAACUGAUAACGCACUGCCCAGUCUCUGAGUUGGGUCUGUAAACGACCCCUUAUCACAAUGUUACAAGACGUGUGUGUGUAUGUGUGUGUGUGUGUGAGAGAGAGAGUUAAUCUGUGUACUGUGUAUACUACCAACAUGCUCCCAGUUUAGGGUAUUAUUUUGGUACUCCAUGGGAAUCACAUCAUCAUUAUUUAACUCAUGAUGAUGAUGAUGAUGAUGGUACUCCCUGUACGGUAACUCCUUUAUUAUGUUUUUUUAAUAUCAAAUGUAGUCACACCUAUGCUUUUUAAUAGCAUUUUAUUGACACUAUCAUAGAGUAAAUUGCCUUUUUUUCAUUUGUACAUCUAUGUUGUAUUGAUUAUGCCCUUUUCUCAUAUGUUACAAUUGGUUUACAAUUGUUAAAUACAAUGUUUUUGUUUUUUCAUUGUGUACAGAAGUUAAGCUGCUUUGCAACAUCUUUUCUUUGGAAAAGGACUUUGAUGGUAGACUUUUAUCUGAGUGUGAAAUGUAAUGAAUUUUUAUAGUGAGUCAAACCCUUGUACACUUGCUCUUCUGUGAGUUAAAGAAUACUUUCAUUUUCCACACACCAUCUGUCCCGCUGCUGUUCUGCACUGAUUCUUUCUCUGCCUGCUGGAGCUCUCAGUGUUUGCGACCCUGGAAGGUUUCAUAGCAGAUGUGUUGAUGGAUAUUUUACAGUGGGUCUCAUGUCCAUCCCUCUUUUUGCAGUAGGAUGGCUCAAGUGCAGGCAGCAUGAUGAAAGUGAUCAUUUGAAACAUUGUUAAAUGUUACGACAGUUUCUUAUCUUGUUGUAGCAGGUUUCUUGCUCUCUUGGCCCAAACACUCUCACAUGAACCUAAAUUAGCUUGAGAAUAAUGUUGGUUGAUUUAAAGUCUUUGAUACAUGGUAUGCAAUGUUUGAAGCCAUGAGAGCAAUGUAGUAACCAGCUAUGACCAGUAACUCACUAUUUCAGUUUUGUCUCUUCUUAAAAUGUGGAUUUCUUUCCCAUCACCUCUUCCCAUCCCUACUGAAGAAACAUCUCCUCCCAGCGUCUGUGGACGAGGGUCUUCUUGUCUAUGAGGGGAGGGUGGGAAUAGAGUUGCUCAUAGGUGCUGGCAUGGGAGAGACAGCGUCAAAAACAUGUGAUAAGAAAAGCAAAGUGUAAAUAUUGCAAAAUAAUUGCUGGAGUAUGAAUGAUUAAUACAAGAAAAAAAUAAAGAAUGAUUGAAAUUUA